UUUAAAUCACAGGACGUUCCUCUAAUCGGGCAUGCGCACUUGUGUCAGAAAGACUCUGGAGAUUGUUGGUUUGUGAAGACACCGAGCGUGGAAAGGAAAACAUAUUUAUCUACACCACCUUCCGAUCCGCAAAGAGUGCGUCAGAAUGAGCGCAGUGCUGUGCUUAGUGCGCAGAGGCUGCUCACAGACCUUCAGACGACCCCCGCUCCUCCUUCCGCUGGUUUCCGUGUCUGCGGUUCAGAGUCGUCUGCAGACCACGCAACCUGUCCCUGCUGCCCGGCUGCCCUACAGAGUAAAGCUGACUGCAGGGAAACUGUAUGCAUGGUGUGCCUGUGGUCACAGCAAAAAACAGCCUUUCUGUGAUGGGGCUCAUGCGUCCAAAGCCCCGGGCAUCAAACCUGUCCGUUUCACCCCCGACAAAGACAAAGCAGUCCUGCUCUGCGCCUGCAAGCAAACCAAGAACCAACCAUACUGCGAUGGCUCGCACCUGAAGGUCAUCUACAGGGAUGUAGUGAAGUCAGUGAAGGGCCUGUUUAAACAUGAAUGAAUAACUGCAUCAUUUAAUCAUUCAUUCAUGUUAAAUGUUUUAGGGUGAAAAUCGGCUUCAAUAAAACUAUCUGUUGUUAUUUUUCAGUGUUACAUAAUGCUUUGUAUAAAGUCUGUUUUACAAUUUAAUACAUUUUUUUAACCAUUAUUCUUGUACAAAUUUGUAGUCUAUUAAAGGCUCAAAAUGUUGUUUUUCAUCUGGGAAUUGUAGAGUUUUUGGAUAAGAAUAUUAAACUAAUAGGAAAGUAAAGCUUUUAUUUCCCACAUCUAAUGGACAGUGAAUGUAUCAUGAUUUGAAGCUACAGCUGGGUUUUGAUCAAGUCUUUAAAAAAUGGAUUACUCUGGUUCGUUAAAGUCCAAACGUCACGCUAAAGAAAAUCCAGGGAUAUUGAGUUUGGUUGAAUUUAUUCUGACUGGCAUUAAUGGAAUUUAAAUCAUGAAAUAAAGAAACCAGUGUAAUAUGAAA